AUGAUGACCGCCAAGACCGCAGACAAAGUCCCGGUCAGUCUCGGCGGGUUUGUGCACCAGCUCCCCGAAAGCAUUUACCCCGCGGAUGACAUCGCUGCCUCACUGCCACCUUCAGUGACCAUCUUUCCCAAUGGGGAUCUGGGAGGACCGUUUGACCAGCUGAGCAGUGUGACAGGAGAUGGCCUGAUCGGCGUGGACAUGAGCGACAAGAGGCCCCUGGAGCUGCCCUACGCCUGCAGCAGCUUCGCGCCGCCGGCCCGCGGCCAGCCCUUCACCUACAUGGGCAAGUUCUCCAUCGACCCGCAGUACCCCGGCGCGGGCUGCUACCCGGCCGACGGCAUCCUCAACCUGGUCAGCGCCAGCAUCCUGCAGGGGGUGGCCGCCCCGCCGACCUCCGCCGCCCCCUCGGCCGCCCCCUCGUCCUCCGCCACCUCCUCGGGCUCCCCCAACCCGCUGGGCUGCGCCAUGGCGCCCUCCGCCCCCGAGCUGGAGCACAUGUACUCGCCGCCGCCGCCGCCGCCGCCCUACUCCGCCUGCGGGGAGCUCUACCAGCCGCCGGCCCAGCAGCAGCACCCCCACCAGCAGCAGCAGCAACAGGCGGCCCCGGACGGCGCUCCGGCGUUCCUGGCCGGCCCGGCGGGCCCCUACCCUCCGCCCCCGUCCUACCACCAGGCCCCCAAGACGGUGACGCCCGACGGCGGCGGCGGGGGCCUCUUCUCCAUGCUCGCGGACUACCCCGGCUUCUUCCCGCCGCCGCCCCCGCAGUGCAGCCAGCGCGACCUGCACGGGCCCGCCGAGCGCAAGCCCUUCCCCUGCGCGCUGGACUCGGUGCGCGUCCCGCCGCCGCUCACGCCCCUCUCCACCAUCCGCAACUUCACCCUCGGCGCGCCCCCUGCCGGCCUGGGCGACGGGCCCGCGCCCGGGGUGGCGGCCGCCCGCCUGGCUCCCGGUGCCUACGGCAGCCCGGCCCACCUGCCGCUGCGGCCCAUCCUGCGGCCGCGCAAGUACCCCAAUCGGCCCAGCAAGACGCCGGUGCACGAGCGGCCUUACCCGUGCCCUGCCGAGGGCUGCGACCGGCGCUUCUCGCGCUCCGACGAGCUGACGCGGCACAUCCGCAUCCACACGGGCCACAAGCCCUUCCAGUGCCGCAUCUGCAUGCGCAACUUCAGCCGCAGCGACCACCUCACCACCCACAUCCGCACGCACACCGGCGAGAAGCCCUUCGCCUGCGACUUCUGCGGCAGGAAGUUCGCCCGCAGCGACGAGAGGAAGCGCCACACCAAGAUCCACCUGCGCCAGAAGGAACGCAAAGGCGCCGCCGCCGCCGCCUCGGGGAGCGCCGCGCCCCCGCCGCCCGGCCCCCUGUGCGCCAGCGGCGCGGCCACGCUGGCCUCCUGCUCCGCCAGGACCCGCACGCCCUGA